CUGUGCUGUCUGUUGGCAGAGCCGUUCAGCUGGGAGGACUACCUGAGAGAAACCUCCUCCAUUGCAGCUUCGCCAAACUGCUUCAAACAGUCCAGAGUCCCGCCCUCCAAUGACUUCAAAGCAGGAAUGAAACUGGAGGCUCGAGACCCUCGCAACUCGAACUCGGUGUGCAUCGCCACGGUGAUGGGCAUGAUGGGCACGCGUCUGCGCCUGCGCCUGGACGGCAGCGACAACACCAACGACUUCUGGAGGCUGGUGGACUCCUCCGACAUCCAGCCAAUAGGAACCUGCGAAAGGAACGGGGACAUGCUGCAGCCGCCGUUGGGUUUCAGGAUGAAUGCGUCCUCAUGGCCCAUGUUCCUCCUCCGGACGCUCAGCGGGGCAGAAAUGGCCCCCGCCUCCGCUUUUAAGAAGGAACCACCCAGCCCCUCCAAAAAUUAUUUCCAGCCUGGCAUGAAGUUGGAGGCGGUGGAUAGGAAAAAUCCCUACCUGAUCUGUCCUGCCACAGUGGGGGAGGUCAGAGGUCAGGAGAUCUUUGUCAUGUUCGACGGCUGGCGGGGGGCCUUCGACUACUGGUGCCCUUUUGACUCCAGAGACAUCUUCCCCGUGGGCUGGUGCGCCCUCACCAAGCACAGCCUGCAGCCCCCCGGAAACUUCUGUAAGUGCCGCUAUCUUCAAUGUUUGUUUGGCUUUACGCUCCCUGGUGCACUCCUCGCCCCGGUUUCUUCCACCUCAGCAACUCGUCGCUCCUCUUUCAACUCCUCCUCCUCCUCCAUGCAGACCUCAUACCGACUGCCCAACCCCUUGCCGCCCCUCCCCGUUCGCAAGGGUGUCCGAGGUCGUCGCCCCAAAUCCCAGACUAUCGCUUUGCUGAAGGCGGCGGCCGAGGCGGCGGCGGCCGAGGCGGCGGCGGCGGUAGUAAAUGGAGCCCCGCAGAGUCCGGCCAGAACUGGCUCUGAGACUCAACUGGCCCCCAGACCACACAAGAAGAGAGGGCCCAAGCCCAAGGGCAAGAAGAAGCCUCGGGUGGGGCAAUCCCUGGGGGUAUCGCCAGUUACAACUCCGCCCCCAGAGACCAGAGUGAGUGCCAGCCAUGUCUCAGUGGACAACAACCUCAGCAACAACUCGAAUGUAGUUUGCACAGUGUGUGUCUAUGUCAACAAGCACGGUGACUUUGGCCCACGUCUGGACCGAAAACUAGUGCAGCAGCUGCCGGACCAUUUCGGUCCGGCACCGGUCAACGCGGUGCUUCAGCAGGCGGUCCAGGCCUGUGUGGACUGUACGUACCAACCCUCAGUGCUGCUGUCCUUCCUACAGAGCCAGUCCCACACCGGAGGAGAGGUCAUCAGAGUUCGGUCCGAGCACGGCAUCCGCUACGUGAAGCUGCCCUCGGCCUCCAGCGCGUCCUCGGUGCUGCGGUUCCUGGAGAACAUGUGUCAACAUCUGGAGAGCGACUGUCUGUUCAGCUCACAGCCGUUUAGUCCUUACAGCAACAACGCACGCUUCUACAGCAGAGCCAAGUCAGAACCCUCGCCCAUCACUGAGAACGGCCUGUCCAACGACAGCUCCUCCAAGGAUCCCACUCCCAACACUCGCCCCGUUCACAGCACGCUGGACUACAGAGCGGCAAAGAGAGAGCGGCCAUAUUACCCCGGACACACACAAAUCCCGCCACCCAUUCGACGGGUCAGCUCCAACCCCGCUGAGCUCGGCCCGAUGGGUCCAAACAGACGAGUGGAGGACCACGUGAAGCCGGACAAAGAGAGUUCGGGGAACAACGCCUCUUCCUGGUCGGUGGACGAUGUCAUCCGGUUUGUCCAGGAGGCCGAUCCCCAGACCCUCGGCCCUCACGAGAUCGACGGCAAAGCUCUGAUGCUGCUGCGCAGCGACGUGAUUAUGAAGUACAUGGGACUGAAGCUGGGCCCGGCCCUCAAACUGUGCCACCACAUCGAGAAGCUGAAACAGACUAAACAGUAGAGGGGGGACGGCACUCGGCCCUCACCGGCAGCCGGACACACGGACACGCAUCACCACACACGUCCACCGAGGACCCCCAGCUCAUGUCCAGAAAACAGGACCUCUUUAUUUUAGAUCCUGUACAGUAUUGUCUUAACGGAGGCUUAUUCACAAAAGUCGUCAUUUUACGAUUUAUUUUUUAAUCGGAAUUUUGACGUUCGGUUUUAGGGAAUUUAUAGAAGAUACAUUUCUGUAAUACCACGAGGAAAUUGAAAUGAAAUAUCAAAAGACAACAGAUAAAAGGGAAGAAUUUUCCUUUUUGACCUCAGUAUUUCUAAAAUGCUAGCGACUGCCACAAGCAAUUAUGGACCAGGACUUUAAAUCAGAGUGCAUUGAAUCAUGUGCAUUGACUACAAUCUAAUAUGUCUGAAUUGUGUUUUUUUUCUCCAUACUAUGAAUAACCAGAUGCUGUCUACAUUGCCAAUUGAAUUCACACUCACAGACAUACGCUGUAGGUUUUGUCUAGUUUGUCCCCACCUUUUUUUUUUUUUUUCCCACUGUUAAAACACGUCUUUCCAUGGUCUGAAUUUCAGGAUGGAUCCGGGCUGAAGGCUGGGAGAGUGAGUUCAGGUACUGGCAGCGAACGUCUCGCUGCAUCAUCUCGAUCAAUGCAAUAACAUUUUCUGAAUGACUGCAUUACAGAAAGCUAAACUCGGUUUGUGCGUGCCAGCUAAGGCGUGGGCACGAGUGCCAGGAGGAGGGUCGAAAUCAUGGGAAUCAGAGCUGUACAAAGUCUUGUUUGCUGAAGUCAAUCGUAGCAGAAAUAUUCUUGUCCUCAGACACUUACGUUUUUAUUCACAGAGAUUAUAUAUUUAGUAGAAUAGGAACCAGGUUGGUUAAAUAGUGGCAAUCGUACGUUAGAGGAGGAGCCUUGUUUGGUUGUGAAUCAGCAGUGCGGCGGUUAGAAGUAGAGGAACAGUUACUUCUCUUUUAUUUGUGUCUGUCUGCAUACUGAGGGACAUCCUUCCCGGUCCGUCUGAGCUUGAGGACUGAUGUAUUACGCUCUUAUGGUCCAACUAUUAAACGCACACACACGAGACCCACAGUGACUGGAAUACUUCAAGUGUUUGACGGUAGAAUAAAAAGCGACGUUUAAGCUCUGUACAGAGAGAAAAACACCACGGAGAAACAGUUUUGUAUAAAGUUAGGCUAAAAAGUUGUUUUUUUUAAAACAUCAUUUUGUACUGUAACCCAGUGUAUUGGCCUGUAUCAAACGUAAAUGUAACCUUUUUUUUUUCUUUUUUUCUGCCUGAAAUAGUUUCUGUGCGCGCCAUC